ACUAUGGAAGAAGCGCACAAAACCAGCAGUAGCAAUUCAGCAACACCCCCACAAACACCAUCUUUACAAGGUACCGCUCUACAAGCAGCUCAGCUUUCUCGUGUUUCUCAACAGAUGUCUCUUAGAGGUCCAGCUCCAGUGACGGUGGUACAGCUUCCUGGGGAUCAGGUCCAGGGAGUAAUUCAUACAGUUCAGACCUCCUCUGUAAUUCACUCACCACAAGGGCACUCAGCGCAGGUAUCUUUGUCGGAGAGUGAGGAUUCACAAGAUUCCUCAGAUAGCAUAAGCUCUUCACAGAACGCCAGAGGUAUUCUUGCACGCCGUCCGUCUUACAGAAAAAUCUUCAACGAUCUUUCUUCGGAAGACACGCGGGAUAGGAAAGGAGAUGAAGCAAAUCCUGGUGUCUCUACAAUCACAUCAAUGUCUGUUCCUACACCUGUUUACCAAACCAGCACCGGACAAUACAUUGCCAUUGCACCAAACGGACCAUUACAGCUGAGCAAUCCUGUUACUGAAAGUGUGCAAGGUUUACAGACAUUUACAAAUGUUGCUGGAACUUCACUGGUACAGUAUGUGCAGACAUCUGAUGGUCAACAGAUUCUUGUGCCCAACAACCAGGUAGUAGUGCAGACUGCUUCAGGAGAUAUGCAAACGUACCACAUACGCAGUACACCAACCACCACUUCCCUCCCACAGACUGUUGUGAUGACAACUCCUUUGACAUCUCAGUCAACCAAGACAGAUGAUCCACAGUUGAAAAGAGAAAUACGGCUAAUGAAGAACAGAGAAGCAGCCCGAGAGUGCCGCAGAAAGAAGAAAGAAUAUGUAAAAUGUCUUGAAAAUCGAGUUGCUGUCCUUGAAAACCAGAACAAAACUCUAAUUGAAGAAUUAAAAACUUUGAAAGAUCUUUACUGCCACUAAACAAGGCUUUUGUGACUAUCAGAAUUUCAGUGGGAAAGUUUUAUAUUAAUUUU